GUUAUGCGGGUGAUCAAAGUGUCCCUGUACAGCGUGAGAUUUCCAAACGUCUAACUCCUCAAUGAGAAGAUUCUGAGUGCGUUUCGGCAUUAAACCAAGCGAGUUACCGCAUAGGUAAAUAAUCUGACCAUCUAUUGAGUCUUAUUAGGAGAGUAACAAGAUGUGUGAAGCUAGAUUACCAUCUUUGGCUGGAGUGUGGAAUUCGUUCUUAAAAUUGCUUAAACUAUCCAAAUCGUCAAGUAAUUUGUAGUGCUUUUCAUCUUUUAUAUCUUCAAUCCCCUUAAAGUAGUCUAUAGUGACACUCAUCAAGGUUAAUAACAACGGCGAAGAUGUCAGAUAAAAUACAGUCAGCGAUUGAUUUCUUGAAUGAUUCUAACACACAAUCAACCAGUUUAGAGUCUAGACUGCAAUUCUUACAAUCUAAGGGCUUGACUGAGGCUGAGAUCAAUACCGCAUUAGCGAGUGCCAACAACAAUCGCCGUAAUAUUUAUUUGGCACAGCAGCCUGGUUAUCAACUAGAGAGAGACUGGAGAGACUAUUUUAUAAUGGCCGUUGUAUCCGGUGGCUUGGUAUACGGUAUAGGUACAUUGGCUAGGAGAUACUUAUGGCCUCAUUUGCAACCACCUACGUCGACACAGUACGAGUCAGAUCUAGAGGCCUUGAAUAGCAAAUUCGACCAGGCGGAAUCUACAAUAAAUGAAUUACGUACUGACACAGCCGCUAUCAAGGAUUCUCUCGUUGGUCAACAGGAGAAGGUAAACGAGACAGUCGUGGAGAUAGAGAGAGCAAUAGAGUCCAUAAAAUCAAACGAAAAGCGUUCAAGAACUGAAAUUGAUGGUGUCGUCAGGGAAAUUGCAGACAUAAAAGCUCAAAUACCGAAACUAGUUGAAUCACAGCAACAAUCUCAAUCUAACACCCUUUCUGACUUACAAUCUGAGCUUAAAUCUCUCAAAUCUCUCAUCUCAUCAAGGCAGAACACAGGUGCAACGUCACCAAGCUCGUCUAUACAAAUAGGCAAACCGCAAAUACCUGCAUGGCAACUGGCUACAGCUAAUGGAGCGACAUCUCCAUCAACGAACUCCCAAUAAUUUGUACCUGUAUAAAUAAUUUUCACCGU